AUGCAUAUUAUUACACCUAUCACUGUCAUCCUAGGAAUCGCUCAUCUGGGCACCGCCCACCCCGGCGAACACAUUCUACGAGAUGAAUCCAGCAUCCUCCAAAAACGAGCAUACCACUCCCAAGUCACACAAGGCUACGGAACCUGCGUCAAGAAUCCAGCCCUUGCAGACCUAACCGCUCGUGCCGACCUCCGCCGUCGAAACAUAGUCGAAAUACAACGACAAGAUCUUGCCGCUCGUCGUCAAAGUCAACAAGUGCUGAGCCCGAACCCAGAUCCCAAUCCGAAUGUAGUCGACCUCCCAGAACCACUCCGAAAAUCUCACCUCAAAACAGAUACGAAUAUCGGCCUGGAUACCCCAGAACAUGAGCUAUUCAACGACGAUGGAAUCUGUGUCCUCAACCCAGAAAGCGUGGUCGGUCCAUUCUACGUUACUGGUGAGCUCAUCCGCUCAGACAUCACCGAGUCCCAACCCGGUAUCCCAAUGACUAUCAACGUACAAUUCAUCAACGUCGAGACCUGCGAGCCCGUUCCAGGUAUCUGGUGGGAUAUCUGGAGCUGCAACGCUACAGGCGUAUACUCGGGCGUGAUGUCGUGGGGUAAUGGCGACAAGGACGAUACGACGAACCUAGACGCUACAUUCCUACGUGGGUUGCAGCAGACAGAUUCCGAAGGCGUUGCUCAGUUCCAGACGAUCUUCCCGGGGCAUUAUAGUCAUCGUGCGACGCAUCUUCAUGUCGCUGCUCAUGUAGGGAAUGUCACGCGGUUUGCGAAUGAUACCAUUGCCGGUGGUACUGUUGCGCAUAUCGGGCAGUUGUACUGGGAUCAGGAUCUUGUUUAUGAGGUUGAGGAGACUCAUCCGUAUAAUACUAAUUCGGUGCCUAUUACGCCCAAUGCUCGGGAUGGUUUGUUUUUAGAUGAGGUUGAAGGGACGACUUCCGAUCCGGUGUUUAAUUAUGUUAAGCUAGGGGAUGAUAUUCAGGAUGGGAUCUUUGCGUGGGUUUCUGUUGCGAUUAAUGUUUCUGCUAGCUAUGAUCUGAUUGAUAAUUGGAGGCCGAAGGGGCAUGGUGAUAUUUUGCAGUCUGGUGAUGAUAGUCCUGUUUAG